AUGUCUGACCAAAAAGAUCCUGUGCUCGAGAAGAUCGAGAAUACCAAAGCUGUCUACAGGCGCCUCGGCAAGAGCGGACUACGAGUUUCUGUGCCCAUUUUGGGUGCCAUGUCGUUUGGAGACCCAGCAUGGCAGCCAUGGGUCCUGGAUGAAGAAGCAUCACUGCCACUUCUCAAGGCUGCUUAUGACAAGGGCAUACACACGUGGGACACAGCGAAUAUCUAUAGCAACGGCGCCAGUGAAACGAUCAUCGGAAAAGCUAUCAAAAAGUAUCAGAUCCCAAGAGAGAAGAUCGUCAUCUUGAGCAAGUGUUUUGCCUAUGUUGGAGAAGAACCUGGAAUUAAAACCAUGACAUACGGCCAAAAGAUCUCAGAAUCGCCUGACUACGUCAAUCAAGGAGGACUCUCGAGAACUGCCAUCUUCAACGCUGUCAACAAGUCACUCAAGCGUCUAGACCUGGAGUAUCUCGACUUGCUCCAGAUCCAUCGCUUCGACCCCAACACUCCUAUCGAGGAGACUAUGGAGGCCUUGCACGACCUGGUCCGCUCUGGCAAAGUUCGUUAUAUUGGCGCAAGCUCAAUGUGGACAUACCAGUUCUGCAUGAUGCAGGCUUGUGCCGACAAGAAUGGUUGGACCAAGUUUAUCAGCAUGCAAAACCAGUACAGCCUGCUGUAUCGUGAAGAAGAACGCGAGAUGAACAAGUAUUGCGAUGCGACUGGCGUUGGUCUCAUCCCUUGGGCUCCUCUUUGUCGUGGACAUCUCGCUCGCCCUGCAUCAGCGGCCGGAAGCACAACGAGAUCUUCCAAGGAGGCCGAGGGCUUGGCUGGAACCUCAGAAAUUGAUGUCAAGACGAUUGGGCGAGUACAAGAAAUUGCCGAGAAGAAGGGCUGGAAGAUGGCCCAUGUUGCGCUGGCUUGGAUCAACAAGCGUGUCUCUAGUCCCAUCAUCGGUUUCUCGAGCGUUGAACGUAUGGACGAGGCGCUGGGUGCCAAUGACAAGAGCCUUACGGACGAGGAAGAACAAUACCUUGAGGAGCUCUAUCAACCGAGAAAGAUUGUCGGUCAUUCUUAA